AUGGCCGUCGCCGCCGUCACCACGCGAGCGGCGCUCAAACUCGUCUUCUCGCCGAAUAGAGGCGGCAUUGAGGGCCCCUGUUCGUGCCUUUCCAAUAGGCACCUUUCGAUCUGCCGCGCUCCCCACGGCCGGAUCUCAAGGCAGAGAGGCGACUUCUCGGUGGCCGUCUCCUUCAAUCCUUCGGGCAAUUUCGACCUCUCUUUCACCGACGCGGAGGACGGUAGAUAGUUAUCGCUUUUUCCGUCCCUCAUCCCCCCGCUCAUCUUUCAUCCCCUCCCAAUAGAAGGAAGGAACCCUAGAACUCAUCUACUUGGAACUAUCGCCUGUUCAUCAAUUGCGUAUCCCGUCGGGAUCAGGAUGAAAUGGAAUUCAUAAUGUCUGGUAAUGAUUUACUAAUGUUCGGCAGGAUGUCAUCAUCUGCCGAUGGAACUGAAGCGAGUGGAUCAGUCGGAAAUAGCUCGAAUUAUCCGUCUCCAUCAUCAUGUAUUUUGCGUCUUUCCUGAAACAUGAUACACGCAACAGAUUUACUUCAAUAGAUGUUGGAAAAUUGGCACGGUGAUCCAGUUCUUAUGAAAUUAGCCCUAGAACACUGUCAGGCUGAAUGAAUUUUGCGUGAUCAAAAUAAUCCAGCAUUUGUUUCCCAAUAUGCAACUAAUCCAUGAUUUUUUUUCAUUCAUUAUGCGCUCUAAUCAUCCUUGAAACGCCCGAUAAUCGCUGAGAUGGUGAAAUUCUCAGAGGGCGCCGAUUUCUUAAUCUAUCAGUGUUGAUUUCUCAUCCAGUAUGAAAUGCAUAGAUCGCAUUUUUUGAUGUGGCCUCUUUUUUUGUAAGAUCGCAGGAUCGACGGCAUGCGGACUGAUUCAUCUUAGAUUUGAUUCAAUGCUUUGAAUGAUAGAUACUCCGAAGGUCGCUCCUCCCCCUCCUCCGACUGAAGGGCGCCUCGAGAUCGUGAUCGACAAGGCCGCGAUUCAGAAUCUCGACCUGUCUCCAGUCCAUUCCAUCAUCCAACAAGGUAGAACCGAUCUCCACUGUGCGCGCAGAUUCCUUACGCCGAUGGUGAUUAAUCCUGAAAUGAUCUCUGGCCAUCUUCGUGGUCUCAUCGCAGAUGGCUCCUCGUUUGAUCCCAAGAGACUUCUCGAGAGGACCGUGGGCUUCACCAUCAGCUACGAGAGAGAAGAUCCUGCCGAUGUGAGAGAGCUGUCAGAGUUUCCUGACGUGAGACUCUGGUUCGUCAGGCUCGAUGCCUCAUAUCCUUGGCUCCCCGUCGUUCUCGACUGGCGAUCUGGAGAGCUCGCUCGAUAUGCAGCAAUGCUGGUUCCUCACCAGGUGAGAAUCUCUACUCCCUUUCACAGAUCAUUCGUGGGCUGGUGACUACGCAUCUGAAGAUGAUCAACGCUGCAGAUGAGCAUGCGGCUGGGCAUCGUCUUCAACCCAGAAGCGCUGGAGCUAUUCGUCAUGAACAAGGUCUUCGUCGUGCAUUCUUGGCUGGCGCAGCAGAACAUUCCGAAGCCGAGGUUGAAGACGAGCGAUAUGGCGAGGAUGCUUGGUUUUGGCGUUGGAGACGAGCUGUUCAACCUGAUCGAGGAGCAGGACCUCCCUCCACCAUAG